AUGACCACAGCUUGGCUACUGCUAUCUAAAAGCGACUUUGUCAAUCCGGAUGUAUUGAAUGCGGUGAAUCCGCAUCCACGCUGGGGCUAUGUACACGGGCCUAUUCCAGAUAACAAUCCCGACUGGAAAUGCAAAAGGUCCAACGGAGAAGGAACGAGGCGUGAGCAGGCGCGUACUCGUAGGCCACAAGCCCCCAUGGUCACGCUGAAUCGUUAUAGCACAUUUGUUUGUGAUAUCACGGUUCAAGACGCUCAAAUGUGCGGGAUCAGUUUCGAUCAAAAAAGCAGUCUCACCCGUCACAUUCGUACCGUCCAUCCCGGUGCCGGUGCGUACAUACAUUGCGUUGUUUCAAUUCUGUCCAUUCCAAUCAACCUGCCACCUAGCUCCUACGUGACCACCGAGGAAAAGAUUUCUGGAAAUAACGCGAUGAAACGCUGGGUGUUGAUGGGGGGCUGGCGUGGUGCCCUUUAUUUCACCGAACCUAACCGGAAGAACGUUUCUGUCUCUCUCCUUGGCUAUUAUUAUGAUGUGUUGAAGGGAAUUGCGCACACUGAUGCUCAGUUUGCUACAGAGUACGGAACCAAAUUUCACCGACCCAGACAUCGAGAGUGGCUUGAAUCUGUCGUAGCCCGGAAUUAUCUUCCUCCCGAUAAACGCAUGCCCUUGACUCCGUCGUCAAUAGCCCCUGGUGACAAGUCUGGAAAAUCCUCUAGACAUGAACUAUCUACUCGAACCGAACCCGUAUCUGACAAUGAUACCGAUGCUAACCCUGAUUUUACAUCUGGAUCUGCGUCUGCAGCAUCUGCACCUGAUCGUGAGAUUGAGUCCAUGUUUGCAUCAGAGGUUGACUCUGAGCCCGAGGACCAAGAGGAGUGGCCGGUUGACGCUGUCACUGAUAUCUUUGCUGGGUUGUAUCUACUGUCAAGCAAAUUGGACGCGGCAUAUGGCCCUAUUUCCGAAGAAAUGGAUUGA